CAUGCUGAAGGUGGUGAGCACAGCGAGACACGCGUCGAAUACGAGGAGGAGUGCUUCAAUCAGUGCGAGGAAGUCCUUGCCGAGUUCGAGACCUUCAGCCGCAAAGAGUUGGAUCGAUUGAAGGACGAUCCCCGCCGAAAGGUGCUGCCAGAAGAGGUGAAGGAGAAGCUAAAGGAAAUGAGGGAGGAGGCCUCUUUCAAGCUGAAACGCGCAGACGAUUUGGACGCCAUGGCCAUGCGAACUGGUGGCUACAACAACAUGUCAUCAACGCUCCGUCGGCAGUCGCGCGAGCUGACUCAAGAAGCGGAUUCUUUCCAAAGGCUUGAGUUGCGGAAGGCUGCAGAUAGGCUCCCACCUCAAGUGUGUGACAUCUGCGGCUCUGGAUAUCUGGGCGACGAAGAGUACAAUGCGCAUUUGAACUUUCGCGUGCAUGAAGGCUACCAGCAGGUCAGGGAAAAGUAUGAGGAGCUGCAGAAAAAAAGGGCGCAAAGGCAACGCAAGUCCAAGGCGCAGGCCACGAGCCCUGCACCAAGCGCACGCCAGGACGGAAAACAUCGUGCCGCUGACAACUCAACCGAUCUGCGGCGGAGCGUUGCCAAGGGCCAGAGAUCUGUCCGGAGCAGAGAAAGGGCGCCUGUUGACUUCAAGCCCAAAAAGGAUGCUCAGGAGGACAGGAAUCAUGAUGGAGACUUUGUCCAGAUCAAUGGCGUGGAAGGCACAGCAAAGAAAAGUAAGCGAGCAAGAAGCCGGCGCAGUCGCACCGAACGAGAGCGGAGGAGAGGAGGAAGGCGACGACGACAAGACUACGUAAGUGAGUUUGAUGACUACACGGAGUAUGAAGCAGACGAGUAUGACGAUGACUAUGAGUUUGACAGGGACGAAGGACACGAACGAAAUCACCGGAGGUCCCGACACCGACGGCAGCGUUCCUACGAAGACCGAGGUUACGACCGCAGUCGCCCAAAAAAGCAUCACCGGCAUCGACGCCACUACAGAUGA